UAAAUCACGAUCGAAACUAAAUAUUAUAUUAUAUUUAAUUGAUAUUAUUGUGAUAAGUCCCUUAAACAUGAUGAUAUGAUUAAUAAUGGGGUGGCUUUCCCUUUUGAGAUCAAAGGGGCAAAAUUAACGCAAACAAAAUCUUCCCAAAUCAGGAAACUCUCCCUUCCCUCCUCCUUCCUCUUCUCUCAGAUUCAAAUCCAAAAAUGGAAGGCUCUGCAAACAAUGAACGUCUUGAUUUUGGGAGGAUGGGCUAUGGGUGCAAGCAUUAUAGGAGGAGAUGCAAGAUUCGUGCACCUUGCUGCAAUGAGAUCUACCCCUGCCGCCAUUGCCAUAACGAGGCUGCGAGCUUGUUGAGGAACCCCUAUGAUCGCCACGAACUUGUUCGCCAAGAUGUUAAACAAGUUGUUUGUGCAGUUUGUGACACUGAGCAGCCGGUCGCUCAAGUUUGCACAAACUGUGGAGUUAGAAUGGGAGAGUAUUUCUGUGACAUCUGCAAAUUCUUCGAUGAUGAUAUAGGGAAACAACAGUUUCAUUGUGAUGAUUGUGGAAUCUGUAGGGUUGGUGGUCAAGAGAAUUUUUUCCACUGCGAGAAGUGUGGGUCAUGCUAUUCAGUUACACUGCGUGACAAUCAUUUGUGUGUGGAGAACUCCAUGAGGCACCACUGCCCCAUUUGUUACGAGUUCCUUUUUGAUUCAAUGAAAGACAUCAGUGUCAUGAAAUGUGGUCACACCAUGCACCAUGAAUGCUUUGAAGAGAUGCUAAAUCGCGACACGUACUGCUGUCCCAUAUGCUCCAAGUCAGUGAUGGACAUGACCAGGACAUGGAAGAGAAUUGAUGAAGAGAUUGAAGCAACUGUCAUGCCCGAAGAUUAUCGGCAUAGGAAGGUUUGGAUAUUAUGCAAUGACUGCAAUGACACAACAGAAGUGUUCUUCCACAUUCUGGGGCAAAAAUGUGGUCACUGCCAAUCGUAUAAUACGCGUGCAAUCGCUCCUCCGGUUCUUCCUCAAUGACCAGAAUCUUGUGGUCCAAGAAAGCAGGGAAGUUUGGCAUUUUAGGUGGUUAUUAUUGUUGUACUGUUGUGUGCUAGAUAGUUAUGUUAGGUUAUUCUUCCUACUCCAGUCCAACAUAUGGAAGGAGAUGGGGUUUGGUGUCUGCAUCAUUGGGCAGAUAUAAACAUUUGUAUACUGUAAUACUAGGCUUGCUUUCCCGUCAUGAACAGCUCGUGAUUAUGAUGUAUUAUUGUAUUGAUAUUAUUGGAUCAUUGCCACUGAAUUUCAUUUAAAUCUACACAACUCAGUGAUUCUUUCCA